UGGUCCUUCAGAUGCCGACUACUCAAGCCCUCUACUAGAUGACCUUGACUUGACACCUUUACGGUGCCUCUCUUUGAACAUUGAACCAGAAAUAGCUCUUUUAUUCAUGGAUCUGGCACUGAAAUCAACCCAGAGUCAGCUCAACCUUGAAAUUAGAAAUUAUGUUCCAAGCAUCACCAUGCUCGAACACAAGCUGAUGGAACGGUGCGUUACAUUUAUGUCUCCUGGAAAGCUCAAUUCUGACCAGGAUCCAGGAUCAUACGACAGGGAUACCAUCUUAGCGAAUACUCCCCAGUUUCCACCCCCAAUUCCACUUCCUCGUGUCACCAAAUGGGUACUAGAGGGUGAAUUACGCCUGCUCGAAUCAUUUGAUUUUGGUGGUGCCCAAUCGCUCGAGUUCGUUCAUGCUGGUUUCAGUUCCAGUGUGAUCUCCUCUCCGAUUCCUGGUCAUCUAACCGAACUGUAUAUAGCGGGUAUUAAAUUUACCUCGGAAACCUCAGAUAUACAGGGGAAUUAUCAUCUACCCAACUUGACGUCCCUCCGCAUGGACAGUAUCGGGCUUGAGGGAUCGUUGCAAGACUAUCUGAAGGCGCCAAAAUUGAAGCUUCUACACCUCACCUAUAUCUAUGCCCACAUAUCACCCCAAUUGGGGGAUGAAAGGGGCAUACGAAUUGCAUCUGCAAGUGUCUUAUAUGGGCUGUUCGAAGGCCUGUCCCAACUGGAAUGCCUAGCACUUCAAACGGUGAAGCUCAAUGGCAAACUCGCUAGAGAUCUCGGCAAAUGUCUGCAUCUGAAGGUAUUAGGUCUGACUAAUUGUGCAACUGAAAAGUUUAUUCCCACGUUUGUCCAAGAAAUAACUGAUAAGGAGUACCUACCCCGUCUAAGCACUCUCAAUGUAUUCGGCUCGUGGUCAUCAAAGUCUGGUAUAUCUUGCACCAGCUUCAUGAAGCAUUGUAGAGCCCAAAGGCCUGGAAUAGACGCAAAUCGAUAUGUGCGCCCGGGCGACGACGUCGAGACCGAAACCGACGAUGAUUCCGAGUCCGAUGAAGAUUUCGAAUCCAGCACUGAUUCUACUAAUUCCGACACGGAUACCGACGAUGAAACGGAUUAA